AUGAACCAUGGCAAUGCCGAAACGGUUAUGGAUCAAUAUUUUGAGAACGAAGAGAGCUUCAGAACGAAAUACCAGAAGCUCUGGGACGAUUCCAUGUUCAACGCUGAUAGAGACGGGGCUAACAACAAUGCUGGUAUCUCCUUCCACGUUGAAUCUUCCGACCACGACGUCAUUCAAGGCGUAACCCCUCCGCCAGACUCGCGCUCAUUUGGCGCUCCUUCGAGACCUCCUUCGCGAUCAAAUAAUCGAUCUCCUUUGGGUAUGAUGGUGGACUGGACUGCGGCACACGUGCCCGGUAUUACUCGCACUCACUCCGCUGAACAUGUGCUGACUAGGUCAUACGCAGGUGUCCCAAGCAGUCAAGCUGAGGAAGAUGAUGACAUACAACGAGCUAUUCGCGAAUCUGCGCAGGAAGCAGGUAUAACAAUGCCCCAGCACGAAUCCGAUAUCACAGGUCCCUCAGAACCUGCGCCAGUUGUCUUUGGACCCGCCAAACGAGAAACAUACAAUGAGAGCAACUGGGCUAUGGUCCCAACCGGGCCUUCCAAAGAAAGUUCGACGAACGAAGUCCUGCCAUCGAAAAGAAAGAGAGAUCCAGGGGCUCCUGUCAUGCUUGUUAACAGUGGUGUACACGGCGGGCAUCACUGCCUUGGCGGGCUUCUUACAAUCAUGCACGAAAUUCCAAUUGCACGGAAUAUACUCCUCAGUAUCGGCACACCUGCGGCUACGUAUGGUCACAGCAACGAUUGGUGGAGAGGACAGGAAAUCUUGUCACAGGAAGUCCUGGCAAAGAUGGCUCAAGCAACGACCUGGGACCAUGGAGAACAUAAGAGUGACUCUGCGUUUGACGAGGAAGUUCACCGUCUAAUGGCAUUCUUGGACUCCACCGAGCGCGCAUAUGGCUCAGUAUCUGUCCUGGCGGAUCUUCUGGCCCCUCCCUACAGCACCGGUAUGGAGAAGCAAUUCUACGAAAUGCUUGGACAAAAGCACUCGGACUCUAUUCAGCCACUAAUGCAAGUUGCUGCUCUUGCAAUGUUUCACGGGGACGAUCUUGAGGAAGAUGUUAAAUUCGGCCUCCUCGAGAUGGAACACUUGCGGAAUGAUUACAGGUUCAUCAAGACUCUGUACGAGGCACUCGACCAUGUAAUUUGGAGUGAUACUCUUGGAUGGGACAAGAUUCACGAGGGUUCUAAAAUGGCUUUCUUCAAAGAGAUGGGUGAGGUUCUGGUGCUCAAUACUACUGGAGACGGACCAGAGGAUUCGAUCGAAAUACCUCAAGAAUUCUAUCCGGAGAAGUACCUCACUUCCCGCAAAGACGAGGCUCGCCGCAUUCAACGUGGCUGGUGUCAGACAAAGGAAGAAGUGGCUCGGAUUACAAGCGAGAAGGAACAGCUUUAUCGUUUGAAGGAGACCUGGAACAGCGGAAAUAUUGACGACAAGCGUGAGCUGUUGAGGAAGACAGCAGACCAGUGGGGAGAAUACAAGAAUUACCUGGAAACCUUUGCCCGAUUUCGAACAUUGGAGAAUUCAGGAUUUGAUACCAACAAAUACCCUGACUAUCGUACUGCUCCUCCUGAUGUCGAUGACAUCACGCAUAAGCAACAUGGGACGGUUGUGGAUGUGAUAGACUACUCGGAGAAGCUGCUUGCGGACCUUGAGACGAGGAUGCAGGGACUGGAUGCGGAACUGGAACAAAUCAUGGCUAAGCAAAGAGCAUUGGGGAGACUUCUCACUGUGCCGGACAAGCCAGAUCGUCCUAAACCUUUCACCUGCAAGAAGUAUCUUCUUCGCGGAGUGGUCACAAGCCCUGGCAUCGUGUAUGUUUGCCAACGCGAGGAAGCGGACUUGAUAGAGUUUGAUGGCGAGGGAAGCAAGGAUCAAUGGUGGAAACUAUCGUUUACGCCUAAUGGGGACCAAGCUGUCCGUACAGAGAAAAUCGAAAUCGGGGAUGUCUUGAAAGGCAUGUGGGAGGAAACCAAGAAACCGCUGCUUGUAUAUGCAACGGAAGAAGCCCUUGAGACACCAAAAACACGUCUUUCGUCCCAACUAGAACGGUUUGUCAAGGCGGAAAAUAAGGCCUUCCGACAAGAACUAUCUCAAGAAGACUCUACGGCUGAAGAAGCCAAACGAACAUCAACCUUCGAACCUCUGUCGCCUUCUAAGAGAAAGCACCGGUCAGACAGUUGCGACUCGAUGGACAGCAACCGAGCAUCUAUCGGUAGCGACAACAGAAAUGGAUUCGACAACCCUUUUCCUGACCAGAAUGGAGGGGUCGGCACUGAGAUGACAGAUUAUGGAAACAAGUCCGAUCUUGCCUCUUCUUUUAAUGAUUAUCAAGCCAACGACACACUACCACCCUGGCUCCCGGCCCAAACCCAGGCUUCAACAGAGCCCAGGACAGAGCCGGCAUCGGCUACGAUGACACCUAGUACAGUGGGAACUGACUAUAUAGAUAGUGCCACGUCUGCCGCGGAGGGGUCUCAUAGUCCGGAGAUGCAAGAGAAGGCUAAGCCGCCUCCUUUCAUAUCACUAUCGAGGAAUCCAUCAGAGCAGAAGGGGUCCAUCAACCUGAUGGAUAUGGACAUUCCAGACGAGAAGCAAUAA